AGUUCUCGGUGGCAUCGCAGGUGGCAGACAUGAGGGGAGUUAUUGGUUUUUGUCUGAUUAUUCUGGUCAUUCCAGGACUAGAAGUGUCAGGCUCUACCGUGCAGCCAGCGACCACCACAAAUGUGAACAGCACAACCAGUGCAAACUCCACCACUGUAAAUCCUAUAGUGACGACUGGAAAUACUACGGAGAAUGUGAAUAGCACCGGCAAUGCAAAUGUCACCACUCAAAGUCCCAUAGUGACUGUGAAUACUACAGAAAACGUGAAUAGCACCGCCAAUGCAAACGUCACCACUGCGAAUCCUAUAGUGACUGGGAGUACUACAGAAAACGUGAAUAGCACCGCCAGUGCAAACUCCACCACUGCGAGUCUCAUAGUGACUGGAAAUACUACAGAGAAUGUGAAUAGCACAGAAAGUGCAAACGUCACCACUGCAAAUCCUAUAGUGACUGGAAAUACUACGGAAAACGUGAAUAGCACAGAGAAUACCAUAGGCCCAGUAAGCACCCCCAUGAUGACCACCACCAAGCCGAUAACCUGCUCGUCUGGCGUCUGUGGGAUCGGUUCCACCUGCCUCCAGCUCUACCAGACGUACGAGUGUCAGUGUCCUCUAAACUACCGCUAUAACGCGACCGAUAGGACAUGCUUGAGAGGUGAAAGUUUCUAUGGUGAUUUUUUAAUACAAGGAGUAAGUUUCAAUGAGAAACCAGAAUCGAUGGAAUACACAGAACUAUACAACAGGGUGAUUACUAUGUCUGAAGCGUCGUUGUCAGAUCUAGAAGGGUAUCUGGGCACAGUCAUAGUGAAGAUAAGUGCUGUUUCUUCCAAAUCUAAAACAAGAAGCAGACGAAGCAAUGUGGAUGUUACCGCCAAAGUCAGUCAAAUAUUCUCACAGGGAACAAAAAGGACGGCAGAAGAGGUAAUCGCCGCGAUAGAGAGUAAAUAUCCAGGAGCGUAUAACAAUCAAAGCAUCUGUACAUUCAUCUGUGACUUAACAACAACAACAUGCGAACCGACACCAGACGGCCAAGGGGCCACAUGUACCUGUUUGGAAGGGUAUUACUCCUCCUCAACUGCGACAGUGACAACCUGCAGAGAUUGUUCACCCCAAUGUUACCUGGAAGAGAAAAAAUACUGCAAUCAGGGCUCUGAGCCCAUGCCGAGCUGUGACUGCCGCCCGGGAUACAAGACAAACGGGGACACAUGUCAGGAAUGUGAUUUUGGAUACUCUGGAGCAGACUGUAAAGACAAUUAUCUGCUCAUCCUGGUAAUAGUUGGCGCAGUGCUGGGGGCGGCCGUCGUUGCCUUGCUGGGUGCAGUGAUCGGAGUUUCCGUCAGCGCUAAGAAAGCAAAGAAAUAUGAAGACAGAACAGCGCUGAUUAAGAAAAACGAAACAACUUUCGGAAAUGACAGCCCCGCCCCUGUACGAAUUUUCCCCAAAGUUCAAGCAAAGACUGACCUGGGCGAGGUGAACACGGCCGUCAAUGUAUAUGAUGACAACGAGGAGUUUUCCCGCAACUUUCCCAAACGGGACUAUGAUGAGAAUCCAUGGUACGAAAUGGCCAGAAAAGAGCAGAAUUAUUAGUAAUCGGCCCCUGGAUGGCGCUACUAUCCUGUGUUAUUAUCUAUUAUAAGGGCCCUGAGCUUAUUGGCAGGUACAAUGAGUAUAUAUGACAACAAGAGAGGAAUCGGCAAUAACCCCAGACCGGCACUGGAGCCGUCACUGCGCUCGUAGGACGCCUGGACUUCCUGCUCGGCAUUUACUUGAAGAUCUUUAUUUUCUGUAAUUUAUUUAAUGAUUAUUAUGGUGAACACACAGAACUGGGAAUUAUAAGGAACAAUGAUACAUCUGAGGAUGAGAUCAGUGCCCUGCACCCACCUCUGCAAGUAAAGAUAUAUACAGUGAUCCCUCAACUUACAAUGGCCUCAACUUACAAUAGUGUCAACAUACAAUGUUUUUUUCUGGACCAUUGUAACUUGAAACCAGACUCAACAUACAAUGUACGGACAGUCCAGAUCUGUGAAAUGUGUCAAUGGCUGGAAGAACUGACCAAUCAGAAUGGACAUUUACACCUGUACUACUGAAGUGUAUGCACUGACUUUUGUCUGGUAGCGCCCCCUACAGUACAGGGAGGUAUUACAUGUUCUGUACUACUCUUUACCUGUAUUACUGAAGUGUAUGCACUGACUGG